AUGGACCCCUCAGUCCAACACGAGCUCUCCAAGCUCUCCGAAACCGAUUCUAUUCCCAUUCCAUUCCGCGCGUCCCCAAAUCACAUUCAAUCCACCUGGGCGCGAACCUUCCAUUUCCAGCCCUCCCUCUACAUUCGCCCUCGCACCCUCCCCGAGCUUGAGCGCGCCGUGACUCUUGCGCGCCUCUGCCGUAAACAUAUCACCACCAUCGGCUGCGGCCACUCUCCUUCCUCUAUCACCAGCACUUCUUCCUGGCUUAUCAAUCUCGAUGAUUACAACAAGAUCCUGGACGUGGAUAGGGAGAGCGGGGUGGUGAGAAUGGAGAGUGGAAUACGCCUGUACCAGAUCGGAGCAGAAUUGGAUAAAGUCGGGCUGGCGAUGCCGAAUCUAGGGAGUAUCAAUCAGCAGAGUAUUGCAGGCGCCAUCUCAACCGGCACGCAUGGGAGUUCGCUGCGCCAUGGCCUCUUGUCAGCCAGCAUCCUCAGUUUGAAGAUCACCCUUGCGAGUGGAAAAACAGAGACCUGUUCUCCUACACAGAAUGAAGAGCUGUUCCGUGCGGCGUUGAUAAGUCUAGGAGCGCUGGGUGUGAUAAGCGAAAUCACCUUUCAGGCUGUGCCUGCGUUCACCCUGCGCUGGAAGCAGGUUGUUGAUCGUGACGUGGUGUUGUUUGAAGACUGGCCGAAACAGCUAUGGACGCAGGCCGAGUUCGUCCGGGUGUGGUGGUUUCCGUACACGAGAAGAGGGGUGGUUUGGACUGCAGAAAAGACGGACGAGGAGCCUAAACAACCCGCGGGUUCGUAUUAUGAUGCUUGGUUGGGGUAUCAUGUUUACCAUAAUCUGCUUUACCUUGGACAGCAUUUCCCUAGAAUUCUGCCGUGGGUGGAGUGGUUCGUCUUUGGUAUGCAAUAUGGAUUCCAGAGUGGCACUACCACGUCGGCGAUUCAGCCUUCAAGAGAAGCACUACUUAUGAAUUGUCUGUACAGCCAGUUUGUGAACGAGUGGGCACUUCCUCUGCACAAGGGACCAGAGGCUCUACGGAGACUCAGUUCAUGGCUCAACCAGCUUUCCCCUUCUGAUCCAGACUACAUCGAGCACGGUAUUCCGUAUACAGCAGAGGGACUAUAUGUACACGCUCCUGUUGAAGUACGAAUCACAGAUACUGCUAAAUCCACUACACCACGCCCGCAUCUCGAUCCGACUUGUACGGAUGAACCAACACUAUACCUCAACGCUACGAUAUACAGACCGUAUGACAGCGAUCCUCCUUGCCGAUUCCGCUAUUACCAAGGCUUCGAGUACCUCAUGAAGGAACUGGGAGGUCGUCCUCAUUGGGCGAAGAACUUCGAGGUCGGCGCAAAAGAAAUCGAGAGCAUGUAUGGGGACCGCCUGGCGGAGUGGAAGCGGAUUAGGGAGAAUGUUGAUCCGGAGGGUAUGUUUGUAGGAGAAUGGCAUCGGCACACACUGCUAGGAGAAGGGAAGCAGUAUCCUCUAGAGGAGAGAGAGGUGAGUAGGGAAAUCAUGAAGGAGGGUGGGCUUUUGGUCAAGAAUCUGGUCGGGACCGAGGAAAAGCGCUCGAGUGGCUAUAGCAGUGAGGAGAGCUUUGAUGAGAUGCGUGCGAGUGAGAUCACAAUUCCGGGCAGAAUAGAAGUCUAG